CAGCCUCCUCCGUGCCCGGCCGGUUCCCGUGUCCGCCGCCGCGAUGUUGCUCUCGUGCUUCCCGGAGCUGUACUUCAACGUAGACAGCGGCUACCUGGAAGGCCUGGUGCGAGGCUUCAAGGCCGGCGUCCUCAGCCAGGCCGACUAUGUCAACCUCGUCCAGUGCGAGAGCCUCGAAGAUCUGAAGCUUCAUCUCCAGAGCACAGACUAUGGGAAUUUCCUUGCAAACGAAGCCUCUCCCCUCACUGUGUCUGUCAUUGAUGACAAGCUGAAGGAGAAGAUGGUGGUGGAGUUCCGCCACAUGAGAAAUCACGCCUAUGAACCUUUGGCCAGCUUCCUGGACUUCAUCACGUACAGCUACAUGAUUGACAACGUAAUCCUCCUGAUCACUGGGACACUGCAUCAACGCUCCAUUGCUGAGCUGGUGCCCAAAUGCCACCCCCUGGGGAGUUUUGAGCAGAUGGAGGCGGUGAACAUUGCCCAAACCCCCGCCGAGCUGUACAACGCCAUUUUGGUCGACACGCCCCUAGCUGCCUUUUUCCAAGACUGCAUAUCUGAGCAGGACCUUGAUGAAAUGAAUAUUGAAAUUAUCCGGAACACACUUUAUAAGGCUUACCUCGAGUCCUUCUACAAGUUCUGCAAAAUCCUGGGCGGCACAACAGCUGAUGCCAUGUGCCCCAUCUUGGAGUUUGAAGCUGACCGAAGAGCCUUCAUCAUCACCAUCAACUCCUUUGGCACAGAGCUGUCCAAGGAGGACCGCGCAAAGCUCUUCCCCCACUGUGGAAAGCUCUAUCCAGAGGGCCUGGCUCAGCUGGCCAGGGCAGAUGACUACGAGCAAGUCAAAGCAGUGGCCGACUACUACCCUGAAUAUAAGCUGCUGUUUGAAGGAGCUGGUAGCAACCCAGGGGACAAGACUCUUGAGGACCGAUUCUUUGAGCAUGAGGUGAAGCUGAACAAGCUGGCUUUCCUGAACCAGUUCCACUUCGGUGUCUUCUAUGCUUUUGUGAAGCUGAAGGAGCAAGAGUGCCGCAACAUCGUCUGGAUUGCGGAAUGCAUCGCCCAGCGCCACCGGGCAAAGAUAGACAAUUACAUCCCCAUCUUCUAAACCCUUCUCUCAUGCCGGGCCAAGUCCACAGGUUCCUCGCCUCCCUUCCCCCAAGUUCCAGACUUGGAUGUAGCUUUCUGAGGGACCACUGGGAGGAGCCUUUGGGGUCUUGGGGGGGCCCUGCCUCCUUCCUCAUUAACGUGUCACUGUAUGUGCUUUGUGUAGAUCAGACUAGAUCAUUCAGUAUUACUAGAAGUUUACUGUCCUCCAAAAGAGGGAUUCUGGGUGUUUCUGAGGGUCAGCAGGAACGCUGUGCCCUCAUGCAACACUUUGGUCGGCCAGCACAAUGUCAUGCGAGCAGUGAAGAGAUGUGUUUGUGUUGUGUCGACUGUGAGCAUCUGCUUGUCUUUGCACAACUUGAGGCUUCGUUGUAUUGCAUCCUUCAGCCGACUCUACUCUCCUGGCUCUUCUCUCUGAAAGUCUUGGGAAGUCCAGCUCUGCAAAGGGUACAGGGCUGGGGGAGUCCUUGGAGCUCUGCCAUUACAGCAGCUCUUGAUAGGAAGCCACAACCACUCAGUGGGUUUAAAGCAUGUUUGUGGAACUUCCGCUUCCGGGACAGUCCCCUGGAUUUGGCACAGCCUCCUUCCCUGUGGUGCUGGCUUUGGAGCAUCGUGCCCACUUACUAGGCAAAGCAGUGAGAUCUGUGGCUGCACAUGCCUCUCUGCGAGUGACAUAGCAUUUGCCUGGAGGUGUUUUGCAAGUAGGGCUCCAUUCUGGGGGGUGGGGGAGGUUCCUGUAGCCUCUUUGCGCAGGAAGAGGUCUUUCCUUUCUCCUGGCAGGCUUUCAGGUCAGGAAAGGGUGGGGGGGACGGUUCUUCUUUUCCUCUCCUGCUGGGCCAAAGAGGUGCAAGUCAAACAACUCUUUCCAUGGUGACCUUCAGGUGAUGUCAAAAUGGUCCUGGUCUUUUCCGGACCUCUCCAUUGGAGACCUGCUGGGCUGCACAGGUCCUGUGAAAAUGUCCACUUCCCUUUCUUUGCUGCAGGGCUUGGUCUGGGUGCCUCAGACCCCUUGCAGUUUCUAAGCCUGCCCAGAGGAGGAGGCUGAGGCUGCCUUGGCGGCUCUGCCUCUCUACCUUCUCCUCCACACCCGCACUUGGAAGAAUGACCAGGACUCCUAAAGAGCAGCAACCACUUGGCCUCAGCUGGGAGCUCCCCUACCCCAGGUUCUGUGGUGGGUCUUCCCCUGGCCCUCUUCAAGGUAUGGGGCUUUUGCUGUGAGUUGCACUGGUCUCUGGUCCCAGCCCUUUCACUGCAGAAAAGCUGUCCUUCCUUCACCCAGCCUGCCAGCCCCCGGCCCUUCCCAUGCAGCCAGCAGGCUCCAGCCUCUCUGCUUGCAAGCACUUUGGGAAGGUGUUCCUGGGCUGCGCCUCUUUUCAUGGGGGGCUCUCUCAGUUCCUUUGUAUGUGCAAAGUAAGUGGCUGCUGGGUGGGGAGGCUUUUUUCUGGCUGGUGUGGAUGGAAAGAGGCUGUUUCAAUUCUCCUUCCAAAUGAGUCACCUUGGCUCCAUGGUGUAUGACCCCUCAAGAGUUUCGCUUGCUGUUCAUUACCUUUCUGUUAAACUGUGACAAUAAAUUAUUUCCCCAAAUGA